AGCAUACGUAGACCUCAAACACCCAUCCAGUACAUUCCUAUUCUUACCAGCCCGAUUUUAAAAACCGCAUCAUCCGGAUGGACCUGAUUUUCUCCGCUUCAUAGUCUGUUCGGAACAGUCCACCCCUCGUGUUCCAUCCAUUCCUCCCAAACCCGCGAACCUCGAGCCUACAUCUCACCGAAGCCACCAAGAAGCGCCCUAGCCAAACGUGACACUGUUGUUGGAAACUUCAUCUGCUAUCUGAAAGGUACAAGGUUUCUGGAAACAUCAGGCAUGUUUCGCUGGCAGUGAUAGCCUAUGAUCAGCAAUGCCUGCGAGCUUUCUGCUUGAUGCUGCCACUGCCCGCCCGAGAGAACUAUGACCGACAACUAUGGCCGAACAGACAGACAAAGGCACAGAUGCCGCCCCUAUAAAACCAGUAUCAUCUCUACGAUCUCAUUUUGAGGGCUUGAAGGUCAACCUAGCGCUGCAAGAUGACCGGGGCAGUACACCCUCCUCUCCGCAGCCAUUGCGGCCGGUCGAUGUGCAGUCGCCAGUUCCAAUGAUUAGGAAAUCAUUUGACAUGGUGCGGCCCACGUCUCCAUGGGCGGCUGGCGGGAAUAUCGACCGUCAAGGCUCGCUCACUCCUUCGAGAGGUGAUGAGUCUCCCACAAGGCCUGGCCACAAACGGCCAAUGUCGAUGUUGGUGCAGUCAUCGCCCCAACUUACGCCGUCUGUCAAAGUCGACUCUCCCCGAUCACCUCCUCGCACCUUCUUCGAGAGAAGCGCUUCAAGGUCUCCGGAACGAGUUGACAAUACACCCUUCGGCAAAGUCCGGGAGCUCAUAUCCCAGCACUCGAGCCGAGCUUCCUCUCGGCCUCCUUCACCUCGAGCAUCGAGUCCGGAGCAUCAGGACAUUUCGAAAGCGGGCAACAGGGAGCAGAAGGUGGGAGAGAUACCCUUAUCAAAGUCGCCGGCUAGGCCACCGCCUGUGAAUCGAGCCGACAAACCAAAAGUGCCGGCAAAGCCAAACAUUAUCGCAGUUCCCAUUGGACCACCCGCUUCUUCCAACGCAUUGAACCCCGAGGCACGUAGGCCGUCCUUUGAGGCACGUGUAUCACCAUUCAACACACCCCCUAGCAGUGACGAAAGUUCCCCAUCAAGAAGCCCUGAGCCAAAUGUUCCCACCACAUCCUUUAGACCUGUAGCGCCCACACCUUCAUCGGGUCGAAACACAGGACCGCCUCUUCCUGAACCAGUCGAGCGACCGAAGGAUGCACGAUUCAUGGGGUUUGCCUCGAAACCAACAGGCGUGGACAGAAAAGACCCACGGAGUCUUGGUUUUGGAUUUACUGAAUCACAACCACAGCCUAUUCAGCAAUCGACUAGCCUACCCUCUAGAGCAAACACAGUGUCGGAAAAGCCUUCACGAGACCCACGAGACUUUGGCCUUGGAACAUCCAACCCAACGCCCCGACAUGUGUCGGAGACAAUAAGACCAAGCCCAUCUCCUCCUAUUCACGCUCUGCCACCACCCCGUGCUGCACCUGCAAGAGAUGCUAGGCUAUUUGGAUUCUCUGCUCACCAGCAAUCUGAAGUCGGCAUCAUCGAGGAAGAGCCGCGCCCCGGACUCCCCCCUAGGCGAAACGUUGAACCUCCUCCACGACCAUCAAAUGAGUCUAAAAAUUCACAAAGGUCGAUGCCUCCUCCGAGUCAGAUAACGACACCAGAUAGGUCUAGGAAACCGUUUCCAACACAGCAAUUAUCGAGGGCUCCCACUGUACCAAUAGACACCCGCUUUCCUCCUCCACCCAAACGUGGCAGUAUUGACAGCAUUGAGCCUACUUCAGCUACGCCAUCAAGAUCGCAGACACUUAAUGGCACGUCCCCUAGCAGAGUCGGUGGAAGGACUUAUGGCAGUGACUCGGAUGAAGCAGAAGCACUUGUCGAAGAACCUUCAACCAUCAGAUCAGAAUAUCCUGAUGCAACUCACACCAACCGUCGACCUCCUUAUUGCAAAGGAGCAGUGUGGGAAAUCGCCACGAAGUCCGAUGCGAGGACGAUGGAGGUUUGUGGCCAGUACCUUUGCACGGCUGGCUACACCACUCGCGUCUUCGACAUGACCUCUGGUGAGCAGAUAAUGAGUAUCAACCAUGGCGAGACGGUCAAAGUAACUGCACUCGCCUUCAAGCCUGCCGCAGACUUGUCUGGCGAGGGUGCCAAAAUAUGGUUGGGCACGAAUGCCGGUGAACUGAUGGAAGUAGAAGUGGCCACUUAUACCAUCAAAAGUACCACUUCCGUCCACAAUCGUCGAGAAGUUGUUCGCGUCCUGCGAAGUGGGGGAGACUUGUGGACUCUCGACGAUGAUGGCAAGCUCUUCGUCUGGAAAGCAGAUGAAACAGGCGUCCCGAACAUGAAGUAUAGUCACAUCUCUCACAAGGUUCAGAAAGGCCAUUCAUUCUCGAUGGCCGUCAAUGGUGUACUGUGGCUUGCCACUGGCAAAGAAAUUCGCGUCUAUAACCCCGGGGAUGAAAUGACGUUUACUGCAUUGACAAAACCUCUGUCACAACACGGCACAGGAGAUGUAACUUGUGGAACUCAUUCAACGGAGGGUGGUGGCAGAGCAUAUUUCGGCCACAAUGAUGGGCGAGUGACCAUUUACUCUACCAAAGACUUUUCCUGCGUUGGAAAUGUCAAAGCCAGUGAUUAUAAGAUCAACAGUAUGUCGUUCGUCGGAGACAAGCUAUGGGCGGCUUUCAAGACUGGCAUGGUCUAUGUAUACGACACUUCGACAUCACCUUGGAAGGUGAACAAGGACUGGCGUGCGCAUAACGGCCCAGCUCACGAGCUUCUGCUCGAUCCACGUAGCGUAUGGACUUUACAACGACUUCAGGUUGUCACGAUCGGCCACGACAACUUUGUCAGACUCUGGGAUGCUGCGCUCGAAGAGGACUGGAUAGAGUCUGAGAUGCAAAAGCGCGACAUCGAAUACUGCACAUUUCGCGAAAUUCGAUCCGCUGUGGUAACAUGGAACGUGGGAGCCUCGUCUCCGUACAAUCUACAGAAGGAUUUCAUCGCGGAUGCCAUCCAUGCCGCAGAUCCGCCAGAGAUUCUUGUAUUUGGCUUCCAGGAAGUGGUAGAUCUUGAAGAUCGUGCGGUGACGGCUAAAAGCAUUCUCGGCUUUGGCAAGAAGAAGGACACGGUCAAGAACGAACAGUAUCAGAGUCGUGUCUACCGCGAAUGGCGAGACCAUCUGACAUCCGCAAUCAGUCGGUACACCGGCGCCCAUUACGCCUACUCUGAGCUGCAGACCUCGAGCUUGAUUGGUCUCUUUCAAUGCGUUUUCAUCAGGCAGGAAGAACGUAAGAACGUUCGCAACCUGCAAGCUGCCAGCGUCAAGCUCGGCCUGAAAGGCCAUUAUGGCAACAAAGGAGCAUUAAUCACACGUUUCACAUUGGACGAUAGUUCUGUAUGCUUCAUCAAUUGCCAUCUUGCGGCAGGCCAGACUCAUACUUCGCACCGCAACAAUGACGUUGCAACCAUUCUCGAGGCCGAAUCUCUGGAUCCUGAACCGGAUCCAGAAUACCGCAGCUCUUUGUACGUCGGCGGUGGUGAUGGCACUCAGAUCCUCGACCACGAAAUCUGCAUACUCAAUGGCGAUUUGAACUAUCGUAUCGACACGAUCCCUCGCGACACGGUGAUCAAUAUGGUCAAGCGCAACGAACUGGCCAAACUUCUAGAGCGGGACCAGAUCAUGGUAUCACGCCGGCGUGUAUCUGGAUUUAGAUUGUCCCAGUUCACGGAGCUGCCCAUCACAUUUGCCCCGACGUACAAGUACGACGUGGGGACGGAUAACUACGACACGUCGGAGAAGAAGCGGGCCCCCGCGUGGUGCGAUCGACUGCUGUACCGUGGUCCCGGGCGGGUGAAGCAGAUCGAAUACCGUCGUCACGAGGUGCACACGAGCGACCACCGGCCCGUCAGCGGCACGUUCAAGUUGCGACUCAAGACGAUCGAUGCGCGGAAGCGGGCGAGGGUGAAGGAGGAUUGUUUCAACAAGUUUGUCGACGUAAGGCGCCGCAUGGCUGAGAAGGCGAGUAUUGAGUACCUCGUUUCCACGCUGGGCGUGGCCGAGGCCGAGGCAAAGAGGUUAAUCACUGCGAAGUAGAUUGGGUAGGAAGUGGACGUCGGAGAGAUGAUGUACAUAUGCCAUUAAGGGCUUUGUGGAGAGGUCAUGUCAAUCAC